AACAAAGGGGACGCUUUAGAGGAGUGGAAGAGUUGACACAGUUGCUUGGGCUUUCCCGGGUGGCCAGUGUCUUGUCUCUAAUGAUGGCUAUGACCUGAUAAUUCAAAGAGAACUAAGAAAAGUGACUGGCAUGCAGCAGGCUUGCUAACUUGGGUGUUUUAAACCACCCAGUGAACGUAUAUACCAGACAGCCUUGCAGGUGACAAAAUAAGCAGAAGUCCUAAAACUUGCUUUGUUGAGGUGAGAACAGCUGUCCUGAGUCAUGGCUCUGUUCUUAGCUGAAACCAGCAGCGAGCGUUUGUGUUCACUGAAAGGAUUAAACAUGGCACUGCAGUCAGCAUGCUAGAUACCCUGUUUGUUUUAUUUGCAGGAAAAAAAGAAAACUUCAUCAUUAUUAUUCCGUAAUAAACUGAAUCCCCGCAAACAGCAUGAGGGCUCAUCUCGCAUAGCUCCAUGCUGGUGUGGAGGUGGGUGGGCUUCUGCUGUGCCUGGCUUGCCCAGAGACAGUUUCGCUGCACAGGCAGCUUCUUACAACUGGGGAACACCUGAGAGUCAAAGCCUGUAAAGCUGCCGUGCCAAUCCUGUAAUAGACUUCCCUGAAAGCCUGUUCCUCUGCGUUCAUGAAAGAAUAUUCAUGUUGACAGCAUGUGUAAUACUAGCCAGUAGCAAUGUUUUUCUGAGCAGUUGCCUUUUUUUUUUAGUCUGCAACAGUUUCUAUACAACAUGUUCUUUGGGGAGUGUUGGAGCUCUACAGGUGUUACACAUGCAGACCUGCGCCCACUGGACAUCCUUUCGGAGAUGGUCCCCGCUGGUGGGCUGGCCCAUGGCAUGAGGGUGUUUCAAGUGCAGGGAGUGCGCGGCUUCCAGCUUGCUGCCUCGCGACCCCGCGUCCUGGGCUUUCCUGCCUCCCGGCUCUUCAUCCACUGCGACCGCUUCCCCGAGGAGUUCUCCAUCAUUGUCACGCUGAGGGUCCUCAGCGUCCCUGCCAAGAGAAAUGAGUAUGUCUUCACGCUGAUGGCGGAGGAGAGCCCCAGCGUGCUGGUGGGGCUGCGCUAUGCCCCCAACAAGCUCCACUUCCUCUUCUGGAGCCAGGAGCGUGCCGGCGGCUGGCAGAUCCGCGUCACCUUCCCCAACGUCUCCCUCUCCGACAACCAGUGGCACACACUCGUCCUGGCCGUCUCUGGCCAGUCCUUCUCCCUGACAGUGGACUGCAGUGUCCCCAAGGACGUGGUGGUGGAGACCCCAUUUCCAGCCUCUCUGUCAGUGAAGCGAGCCAGCUUCUACCUGGGCAACAGGAGAAGAAGGAAAGGCGUGUUCACGGGCUUGCUGAGACAGCUUGUCCUGCUGCCAGGAGCCGAUGCCACCCCUCGGAUAUGCACUGCCAUGAACUUCAAAGUAGCAACGCUCUCUGUCCCCACCAUCCUCCAGGAUCUCCCUGCAAAACCAGCGAGCAACGAGGUGCUAAAAUACCCCUACGAGACCGACACAAAGGUGACCCUGGGGUCCCGUCCACCCUGCACCAGGCAGGAGAAGACACAGUUCUGGUUCAACGCCUCCCGGCGAGGCCUGUACCUCUGCAAUGGCAGCACCUGGAUUUCCUUGCUGGAAGAGCUCAUGCUGACUCCAGCCAGAGAAAACAUCUGGUGCAGGGCUGCUGCAGUCAAACAUCGGCUGGACUACGUGGAGGAGUACCAGAACCUCGUGACCAACUCUGAGACGAUGGGUGUUGAGCUCUUCACCAUCCCAAAGGUGGGACUGUUUGCAGCCACUGCCAACCGGUACAGCCCCCCAGGAUCGGCCAUCUACAAGUGGACUGACGGGAAGUUUGUGCCCUACCAGAACAUCCCCACAUACCAGGCUCAGUCCUGGAAGUAUUUCACCAUAGGAAAGAAGAUCUUCCUAGCAGUGGCUAAUUUUGAGCAGAAUGACAGGGGUCAGGAGUUCUCUGUAAUAUACAAGUGGAGCCACAGGAAAGAGAAAUUCAUCACGUACCAGAGGAUCACCACGCACAGCGCUAGGGACUGGGAGGCAUUUGUCAUUGAGGGAGAGGCUUUCCUCGCAGUGGUCAACCACAGAGAAGGGAAUAACCACAACAUAGACAGUGUGAUAUACAGGUGGAACCCUAGGACAGCGUUGUUUGAAACCAACCAGACCAUCCCUACCUCUGGAGCCUAUGACUGGGAAUUUUUCACCAUUGGGCCGUAUUCCUUCCUGGCUGUGGCUAACACGUUCAAUGGCACAUCCACAAAGAUCUACUCGAACAUCUACAUCUGGCUCAGUGGCUCUUUCCAGCUCUUCCAGUCUAUCCUGACUUUUGGUGCUGCUGACUGGGAGGUUUUUCAUGUCGGGGACAGAGUCUUCCUGGCUGUUGCAAACAGCCACAGCUAUGACAGCAAGACGCCAGCACCCUCUAACUUCUAUGCCAUCAACUCCUCCAUCUAUGAGCUGAACAUCACUGCCCAGAUGUUUGUCAAAUUCCAGGACCUCCUCACCUACAGUGCCCUGGACUGGGAAUUCUUCUCGGUGGGAGACGACUCUUUUCUGGUGGUAGCAAACUCCUUCGAUGGCUUCACCUUCUCCGUUAACAGUAUUAUCUACAGGUGGCAAGGCUAUGAAGGCUUCGUAGCAGCUCACCACCUCCCCACUGUCGGCUGUAGAGACUGGGAGGCAUUUCACACCGCCGAGGGUUCCUACCUCCUCUACUCCAGUGCCAAGGAGCCGCUUUCCAAGGUGCUCAAGCUGAAAACCACCUGAGGUGGCUGAGACACGCUCAGCUCAUCGCCAGGAUUGGGGCAAGCUGGGCAUCGAGGUGAAGACGGACCACAGAGCCCGGGAAUGGCUGCAGCAUCAGCCCUGCAGCUGGCUGGUUGUGCACUCCGCUGGAGGGGGAGGAGGAGGAGGGGAGCCCCAGGCUCCCUGCAGCCUUGCCCCGGGGGCUGGCAAGGGGGCUGUGACCCUGCUUUGGUGCUGUUUCUCCUGGGCGAGCUGUCCUACCAUGCUCCAGAACCAUGUUCUACCAAGGGUGCCUGGUGCCCAGGCACUUCCCUGGACUCACCGGGACCCUGAUGCUUGGUGGUCUCCAGCCAGGAGGGACCCAGAGCCGCUGUUGAUUGUGGCCAGAGCCUGCACAAAGCCGGGGAAGAAAGACCGAACAGUGUGUGUUCUGCUGGGAGGGGUGUAUGGCCAGGGGGAGGAAAUGGCAUGUAAGAAAUUGGGGAAAAAGGUGGCUUUGGGCUUGGCUCUGGCUGCCCAGUGCCUGGGGCUGCAAUGCUGCUGAGGACCCACCUGGUUCGAUACUGCACGCCACGCUUUGUAUCCAUCUCCAGUGGCCUUGCCACCCCAUCCCGCUGCCGCAGGUGCCUGCCCACGCUCCCACUCUGCCGUGGCCAGUUUUGGUUGUCCUCACUGAGUGACGUGUGUAUGUAUUGUACAAAUCGACAGAUGUGUACAAGGAGCAAUGCUGGUCCUUGCACGCCUUUGCAUGAGGUUAGCAACUCCUGAGCAAACCUGCAUUGGGACAAAUCCAGCUACCAUGGGCAUGGGAAAGACCCAAACCUGCUCCAGGUGAAACUAUGGCCUCUUUUCUUUUCCUUGCCUUUGCUGGGGGAUUCUUUUGCUUAACCAGGGCUCUAAUAAACUGUGUGUACCCAGCCUUCGUCCCACGCGCAAGCUGCAGGUACCA